CCUCCUAUAUAAGAUGGUUCCCAGUGUGUGUGGUGUGUCCCUGGCUGUGGUGUUGCUGACCCUGGUGUCUCCUGGUGGUGCCUGCCCUCUGCCCUGCUCUUGCUAUCAGCCCACUGAACUACACUGCACAUUCAGAUCUCUGGUCAACAUACCACAGCCCCUACCUCAACACACACUACACAUCAACCUGGGGUUCAACAGUAUCAGCAGGAUCCCAGACAGCUCAUUGGCCGGUCUGAGGAGGCUGGCGCUGCUGAUGCUUCAUGGGAAUGACAUCCAUGAGAUUCCCGACGGAGCUUUCCAAGAUCUGUCUUCCCUUCAGGUCCUGAAGCUGAGCUAUAACAAGCUGAGGGAGAUCUCAGCAAAGAGCUUCUCAGGCCUGUCCUCUCUACAGCGCCUCCACCUGGAUCACAACUGGCUGCAGUCCCUCCACCCCCAGGCCCUGCUCCGCCUCCCCAACCUCAGACUGAUCCGACUGCAGGGGAACCGGCUCCACCAGCUGCACCCGCAGGCCUUCUGCACUCUGUCCCUACUGCAGACAUUCUGCUACUCCACCCUCAGGCAUCUGGACGUGUCCAACAACAGUCUGACUAACCUGCCCAGAGACAUACUGAGGACCGCCCCUCUUCUGGAGUCCCUAGCUCUGCAGGCCAACCCUUGGACCUGCGACUGCAGCAUGGCUUGGCUGCAGGCCUGGAGCAUCUCUCACCCAGGGUUGUUGAAAUGUCCGGGGCCACAGUGCCUGGUCUGUGCCUCACCCAAUCACCUGAAGGGACGUGGUCUUUUGCAGCAGAAAGACUUAUCCUGCUCCUCGCCUGUAAUUGCCACCAAUCCCAGAGCCUCAUCUCAGGAGGAUGGCGGAAUUCAGUCAAUAGAAACUUUUAGAGAGGCUUUAGGUCACGCCUCCUUGGGGAUGUCCGACCAACAGGGGAAUGCCGUUGAUCUGAAGUGUAACAUCACACACUCCUCACAGACUCCGGACAUUACCCCACCACAACUUUCCUCCUCCUUCACCCCCCUCUCCCUUUCCCUUUCCCUGGUCUGUGGGGUGGAUGGGCACAGCUAUGAGAGGCUGUGGAGGCUGAUGGCCUACUACAGUGAGACACCUGCCAGGCUUCAGAGAGAAAUCAUGUUGAGUAAAGCCCCAACACUUGCCUACAGGUACAGACAGAGAGCACAGAGAGAGGGCUACUACCAUACAGGGUUCAGGGCCAGUGUCCAAGCCCAUCCUGCCUGGUUACUGCAGCCCCAUGUUAGUCUCCAGUUCAACAGAGCUCAGUCCAGCACCCACAGGGUUACACUGACCCUGUCCACCCUGGUGUCUGCCCCCCCAGACCCCCCAUCCCAACACCCCUGGGUCCUCAUCCAGACCAACCACACCCACACAGCUUUUACAGCAGCCACAGACAGCCAGAUCCACCUGCCCUGUCCUGUCCUUAGCUCUACUGAGGACCUAAGCUCUGGAGACCCCAGGCUCCAAUGGGUGUUUCCAGAUGGUUUAACAGUCUCCUUCCCCUACCACAGCUCAGAUGGUAGGGUCCGGGUGUCUGGCCAAGGGCUGAUCCUGCAGAGAGUGGAUCACUCUGAUGCUGGACUGUACUACUGCGUGGCCCGGGCGGGGGGAAAUGUCGAUGUUCUCCCCCUCCGUCUGGUGGUAGUAGAAUCAUCCAAUGCUCCCCCAGGGGAGGAGCUAGGCGCUGCUGUGACUGGAUUGGUUGGAGACCCUGUCAGUCUACCGUGUGAGGCCUCUGGUUCACCGAAGGUUGAGGUGAACUGGGUUCUUCCUGACGGGGAAGUGGUAGGGAGUAGGAACAAGGGGAGAAGAAGGGGGGAGGCAGGGGUGACUGUCUUAGCCAAUGGUACCCUGUCUCUCCCCUUCCCUGGGCAGAAAGACGCAGGACUAUACCGUUGUGUAGCGGUGAACCAGCACGGUGCUGACUCUCACUCCACCAGACUGAUUCUAACCCCACGUCCUACCGACACCUCAUCAAGCAUGAGAUAUCCCAUAAGGCCACAGUCUGUGAUGGGGUUGUCCAACAGGGUACCAGCCCCUCUAGGGGUCAAUGAGGUUGAAGAGGGGGUGUCAGGAAAUGACAAGGAGGAGGAGAACAUACUGCACACCAGGGCAGGUAACACCAGGAGGAGAGGUCUUAGACCUAAACCUCCCCUGACACGGCGCCCCCCCAUCAGAUCUCACAUGGUGAGGGUGGAGGGAGGCGGACCCCCUCAGAGGGGAAGGAGGCCCCUGAGGAGAGGCUUCCCUGUGGAGCAGAAGAGGAACAGGCUGGAGGGCCGUCGGAGGUUUAACCUGGCCAAACACAAGAUAGACCCUCAGAAAUGGGCCGAGCUGCUGGCUAAGAUACGUGAAAGGACUGCCCCUAAAAUCACAGACUCCCUGUAUGUAUCACCCCCAACUAGAGCACGUACUACCACCUCAGCCCCCCCAACUAGAGCAAAGACAACCACCUCAACCCCAACUGAAGCAAAGAAAACCACCUCAACCCCAACUGAAGCAAAGGAAACCACAUCAACCCCAACUGAAGCAAAGACAACCACCCUAACCCCAAGUGAAGCAAAGACUACAACCUCAACCCCAACUGAAGCAAAGACAACCACAUCAACCCCAACUGAAGCAACGACAACAACCUCAAACCUAACUGAAGCAAAGACAACCACCUCAAUCCUAAUUGAAGCAACGACAACAACCUCAAUCCCAACUGAAGCAAAGACAACCACCUCAAUCCUAACUGAAGCAAUGACAACAACCUCAACCCCAACUGAAGCAAAGACAACAACCUCAACCCCAACUGAAGCAAAGACAACAACCUCAACCCCAACUGAAGCAAAGACAACAACCUCAACCCCAACUGAAGCAAAGACAACCACCUCAAAUCCAACUGAAGCAAAGACAACCACAUCAACCCCAACUGAAGCAAAGACAACCACAUCAACCCCAACUGAAGCAAAGACAACCAGAAUGCAGACAACCAGAAUAAAGCCAGGCAGCACACAACCAAAGACCACACAACCAAAGACCACACUACCAAACACCACACUACCAAAGAGCACACCAGAGGUUACAGUGGGAGGAAAAUCCCCUCAACGUACUGUAUUGGAGUCAGAGGCUGAUACCACAGAGGGUUUUUCCAUAGUUGUCCCCAGUCUACAGGAAGAGGGAUUGAAUACUGUCCACACAUCACUGAUCCCAGACCUGCUAACAAAGGAUAGAGUGGCCCCAGAGACAACAAACACUGCAGAUCAGACCAAUAACUUCCCCCAGACCCCUCAGUCAAACACAGACACAGAUACAGGGACAGGAACAGAGACAGAGAGUUCCCCUAAAAGCACAAAGCCAACCUCCAGCAUCAAUGACAUUAGCACAGAGGUGGUCCUUAAUCCUGUAAGGACCACAGGUGAGAGGAGGAGGUAUGGAACAACAAACUCUGGACAGUUAACAUUCUCCAACUCUGUCCCAUCGCAAUCCAGAAUCCCCUGGAAUUCCAGGAGAAGGCCCGGCCAGAGGAGACGCAUCAGCAGACCCAGAGGACGACCCACCGCCCCCCAGAAUUCCCCAGGUCCAACCUCCCCUCGCCAGAAUACCCCAGGUUCAACCUCCUCUCGCCAGAAUACCCCAGGUCCAACCUCCCCUCGCCAGAAUACCCCAAGUCCAACCGCCUCUCGCCAGAAUAGCCCAGGUCCAACCUCCCCUCGCCAGAAUACCCCAGGUUCAACCUCCUCUCGCCAGAAUACCCCAGGUCCAACCUCCUCUCGCCAGAAUACCCCAGGUCCAACCUCCCCUCGCCAGAAUACCCCAGGUCCAACCUCCUCUCGCCAGAAUACCCCAAGUCCAACCUCCUCUCGCCAGAAUACCCCAGGUCCAACCUCUCCUCGCCAGAAUACCCCAGGUUCAACCUCCCCUUGCCAGAAUACCCCAGGUCCAACCUCCUCUCGCCAGAAUACCCCAGGUCCAACCUCCCCUCGCCAGAAUACCCCAGGUCCAACCUCCUUUCACCAGAAUACCCCAGUUCCAACCUCCUCUCGCCAGAAUACCCCCAGAGCAGCACUUGCAGACCCCAGGGGACUGCCAGCAGCUGCAACAACCACUACUAGAACCACUACUACAACCACUACUAGAACUACUGCUCCAUCCUCUACUAGGAUCACUGCUCCAUCAAGCACAUCCAUCUCCCCCCCUGCUUUCUUUCCUGCCUCUCCCCCCCAGACACACACAGACAGGGUGACUCACUCAGCAAACACUGCUUCCCGGCUCCCUGACAGGUCCCAAACGACUAGCACACACACACAGAUUUGCACACACACUCGCACACACACUGGCAAACAUACACCCACAGUCACAACAACUAGUACACACACAGACAAACAUACACCCACAACAACUAGUACACACACAGACAAAUAUACACCCACAGUUACACACAGCGAUACAGACAAACAGAGUUAUGAUGAAACAGAGGGUCAGGUCUGGGCAACUCCAAAAGAGCAGGUUCUAUCUGUCUUCAACCCAGAGGAUAUCAAAACAACUCCCCCUCGGUCUGGAACCACACCAGGCAGAACAACACCUACGGGCACUGAGAAAGAACCAAGUGAGAUAGAACCCAGUGAGAUAAAACCCCUCUACCCAGCUGCUGAUGAAGAACCCAAUGAGGAAGAACCACCAGCCACUGAUGAAGAACCCAGUGAAAUAGAACCACCAGCAAAUGAUGAAGAACCCAGUGAGAUAGAACCACCAGCAACUGAUGAAGAACACAGAGAGGUAGAACCACCAGCAACUGAGGAGGAACACAGUGAGGUAGAACCACCAGCAACUGAUGAAGAACACAGAGAGGUAGAACCACCAGCCACUGAUGAAGAACAAAGAGAGGUAGAACCACCAGCCACUGAUGAAGAACACAGUGAGAUGGAACCACCAGCAACUGAUGAAGAACACAGUGAGAUGGAACCACCAGCAACUGAUGAAGAACACAGUGAGAUGGAACCACCAGCCACUGAUGAAGAACACAGUGAGAUGGAACCACCAGCCACUGAUGAAGAACAAAGAGAGGUAGAACCACCAGCCACUGAUGAAGAACACAGUGAGAUGGAACCACCAGCCACUGAUGAAGAACACAGUGAGAUGGAACCACCAGCAACUGAUGAAGAACACAGUGAGAUGGAACCACCAGCCACUGAUGAAGAACACAGUGAGAUGGAACCAGUCUAUCUAGCACCUGAUAAACCAGAGGAGAGACAACCAGAGUCAGAAAUAAACAGCUCUCUUUCAUCUACAACACAACUACUGUCCCCAAACACAACUGAUACAGCAGCUACCACCGUUUCAGCCAGCACCUCCUCUACAGUCAUCACCUCCAUUAGAAGAACUAACACUAUAACUAUUCCUACAACUACUAUUCCUACUACCACUAUUCCCACAACUACUACCACAACUACUACCACUAUUCCCACAACUACUACCACUAUUCCUACAACUACUACCACUAUUCCUACAACUACUACCACUAUUCCUACAACUACUACCACUAUUCCUACAACUACUACCACUAUUCCUACAACUACUACCACUAUUCCUACAACUACUACCACUAUUCCUACAACUACUACCACUAUUCCUACAACUACUACCACUAUUCCUACAACUACUACCACUAUUCCCACAACUACUACCACUAUUCCUACAACUACUACCACUAUUCCUACAACUACUACCACUAUUCCCACAACUACUACCACUAUUCCUACAACUACUACCACUAUUCCUACAACUACUACCACUAUUCCCAGAACUACGACUACCACUCCUACUACUACAACUGUCUGGAGGAAUCCUGGGCUAAAUGCCAUCCCAGACUCACAUGGCAGUCGCUACCGCCCCCCACCUUACCCCAACGACCCACAACACCUUAUCACUAGGCCUGACCCAGUCAGAACUCCACCCCCAAUAAAACACGCACCCUCUCUCCCACACCGUGCCCACCCCAAACUUCUUCUCCCAGACAUUUUAGAGACCCCUUCCUCUGCAGUCCUCACCACAAGAGCUCCGUCCAGCCCUCCCAAGAUCUUCCCACCCACCACAGACCCUCAGGCCGGGGUCAACACUGGCUCUACUCCUCCUCGUUCCCCUCCCCUCUCUCCACACCGUAGUGUGACUGCCCAUCGCCCCCCUCAGACCCCUGUCCUGCGUGUCAGGCCCCUUAUCACUCCCCCCCACGUACGCUCCAUGUCUGUCCCAGCUGAGAGUGACGCCUUCCUGCCAUGUGAAGCCAUUGGACAGCCUCCUCCGACAAUCACCUGGAUCAAGGUCUCCACAGGAGCUGUGAUAUCACUGGACACCAAGGCAGAGCGUUUCCAGGUCCUACCCAACGGAACCUUUCUCAUCCGGAGCGUGCAGGUCCAGGACCGGGGGACAUAUAUCUGCAGCGCACAGAACUCUGUGGGUCUUGACCGCGUGAUGGUGACUCUGGAGGUCUGGUCCCGCCCACCACGCAUUCAGCUACCCACUCACAGAGAGGUCACGGUGCACCAGGGGGGAGAGGUGAGGUGGGAGUGUCGGGCUCAGGGGGUGCCUGUCCCUCUGCUGUCCUGGGUGCUACCUGACCGCUCCAUCCUGACCCCCGACCUUAACUCCAACCCUGCCCAUGGCCCUCACCCCCGGGUGUCUAUAUUCCCUAAUGGUACUCUGCGUAUUGUGGCUGUCGGCCCAGCAGACAGAGGGCUGUAUCGCUGUGUAGCCUCCAACCCAGCAGGGGCUAGCAGUCUGUCAGUCCGACUCCAUGUCUCCUUCCUGCCUCCAGCCAUCCAGCAGCCGAGAGAGGAGAAGGUAACCCAGCCAGCUGGCAUGCCUGUCUACGCCCACUGCUCUGCCCGGGGGGCCCCCGUUCCCUCCAUCCGCUGGAGGACCCCAGAUGGUACGCUGCUGCUCCCCUCUCAAUUCCUCAACGGGAACCUGUUUGUCCUCCCCAACGCCACCUUGCUGAUACGCAGGCUUUCCACUAAGGACUCUGGGAGCUAUGAGUGCCUGGCGACUAAUGCAGUAGGCGGGGAUAAGAGGACGGUGAGGGUGUUGGUGACUGGAGAUGAAGGAGAAGGUGUUGUCUCCACAGAUAAAACUACAUCCUCCUCUUCCAUUAACAGUAACUCUGACCUGAACCCCUCCUCAGCCGUCCUUAACCCUCCUCUCCGGCCCUCCUCCCCCCUCAGUAAGGCUAAGAUCCUCUCCACCUCUCCAUCCAGUUCUAUAGUUGUAUAUGGAGAAACUCUGCUCCUUCAAUGUUCAGUAACCGGCAACCCAGAGCCUAGAGUGGUCUGGAGGGUACCUGGCAAGAAACUAGUGGAUGCCCACUACAGUUUUGACAAGAGGAUGAAGGUACACAGUAAUGGAACGCUGUAUAUCCAGUCCAUGACGGAGAAAGACGGGGGGGACUAUUUAUGUGUCGCACGAAAUAAAUUGGCUGAUGACUACCGCCUCCUCCGUGUCACCGUGGUCACGAAGCCCGCUAAACCCGCUAAGAUUGAGCCAAAGCAGCCAUCCAAUCAGAAGGUGGUAUCGUAUGGAGCAGCUUUAAAGGUAGACUGUCUGGCCACCGGGCAGCCUGACCCCGCAGUGAGAUGGAGCCUACCGGACGGAACCUCAGUGAACAGCGUACUGUUGCAAGGGGACGAGAAAGGGGGACGGAGGAGGCGGCUGGUGGUAUUUCACAACGGGACUCUGUUCCUCCCAUCAGUGGGGAUGGGGGAGGAGGGGGAGUACGUCUGCCACGCUGAGAACCAGAUGGGGAGAGACUCCAUGAGGGUGAUGAUCAAAGUCCUUACCUCACCCCCUUCCUUCCAAAGAACGAGAUAUGAGGUCAUCAAGGUUCAACAAGGGGGCGUGGUGGCUCUGAACUGUGGGGCCAAAGGAGAGCCCAUCCCUACAGUCACAUGGUUCUCUCCAAUCAAUCGUGUCAUCCCUGUGGGGGGGUCCGGUCCAGUUGUAGUGUGGCCAGAUGGCUCCUUGGUGAUCCAGGGGGCUAGAGGGGCUGACGGAGGAAACUACACCUGCCGAGCCAGCAACGUGGCUGGGGAGAGGAGCAGGGUGAUGGGGGUGGAGGUGAGCGUGACCCCACCCAGCUUCACUCUCAAUGGGACUAGGGGUGGACUCGAUGGGACAGACAGACAUACAGCUGUUUUUAGCAGUAGUGGACUCAGUACUGUGAUCACCAUCAGUCAGUCUGCAGGGAGGGUUCAGUCAGGCAGGACUGGUAAUGGUGUCAGUAGUGGUAAUGGUGUCAUUAAUAAUGAAGUGAGUCAUAAUGGGGUCAGUAAUGUAGGGGACCAGAGGGUCUCAGCAGUAAGAGGCCAGACAGUUCUUUUGCCCUGUCCCUCCCAGGGCUUCCCUCCACCCCGCUUGGCCUGGUUGCUGCCUGGUAACGGGGUUCUCCCGGCGCCUUACUACGGCAGCAGACUCACUGUGCACCGCAACGGAACCCUGGAGCUGAGGGGGGUGAGGGCAAGCGAUGCUGGUCUGCUGGUGUGUGUUGCUCGUGGUGAGAGGGGCGAGACUCAGAUAAUGGUACAUCUAGAGGUUUUAGACACACAGGACCCACCUCGCUUCAGAGGCCCAGUGACCACAGGGAAACAUCGCCCAGUAGGCCCAGUCAGCACAGAGAAACAUCGUCCAGUAGGCCUAGUCAGCACAGAGAAAUCUCGCCCAGUAGGCCUAGUCAGCACAGAGAAACCUCGCCCAGUAAGCCUAGUCAGCACAGUGAAACCUCACCCAGUAGGCCCAGUCAGCACAGAGAAACCUCACCCAGUGGGCCCAGUUAAAACAGAGAAACCUCGCUCAGGAUUCGCAUUUACAGAGGAGACACCUCACCCCAGAGGCCCAGUCACUACUGAGAAACCUCACUUAGGAGGCCAAGUCAGCACAGAGAAACCUCGCCCAGUAGGCGGGGAUAAGAGGACAGUACCAGGAGUUUCAUUCCGAGGGGAUACACCUCACCCAAGAGGCCCAGUGUCAGAGGCAGCAAGGAGUGUUAUCCCGGAGAGGAAGCUUUUGGUCAUCAGCAGAUCAGCUUCUCUGGUCAGCAUCAUAAGCGGAGAGAAUCUACGGCUACCCUGUCCCCAGACAGACAGCCCCAGUCAGAGUUCCAGCCAGACCCAGUCUCUGACCUGGACGUUGCCCAGCGGGGGGAUCGUGUCUCGGGGCCAGACAGCAGUGACGGGUCAGUACUCAAUCCUGGAUGACGGGACUCUGACUGUGCAGCAGGCGUCUGUGUUCAACAGGGGGACCUACUCCUGCCGAUCCACCAAUCAGGACACCUUGUCUAUCCUGACAGUUCCAGUGAUUGUCAUCGCCUACCCCCCUCGCAUCACCAACGGCCCCUCUCCCCUGACCUACACCCGGCCCGGAGUUGCUGUGCAGCUCACCUGCUACGUCAUAGCAACCCCCCGAGCGACCAUCACCUGGGAGAUGCCGGACCAAUCCCAGCUAAGGGUCACAGGUCAGGCCCGUCUCUAUGGCAACCGGUACCUGAGCCCCCAUGGUUCCCUAGUGAUCCAGAACCCGACCAGCAGAGACACUGGGUUCUACCGCUGUACUGCACGGAACGCCAUUGGAACUGACACCAAGGCCACUUAUCUACAUGUGAUCUAACAGAACACACACACAGUGAGACCUGGUCCUGCUUAUCUUCGUGUCUGGAGGAGGCACACACACACACACACAAAUACACACAUACACACACACACACACUUUUUGCCCUAAGAAACUGCAAAGUUGAGUGCAGAAAAUACUGUUCAACCAAAGACUGAUAAAAGAUAGUAAUAGAGAAUAUAAAACCAAAUGCAUUUUUUGUGUUAUGCAUCUUUUUUUGAACCUUUAUUUAACUAGGCAAGCCAGUUAAGAACAAAUUCUUAUUUACAAUGCAGGCUUACCCCGGCCAAACCCGGAUGACGUGGGGCCAAUUGUGCUCCGCCCUAUGGGACUCCCAACACGGAUGUGUUUCAGCCAUAGUGUGUUAUGCAUCUUACAGACAUAGUGUGUUAUGCAUCUUAUAGCCAUAGUGUGUUACACAUCUUACAGCCAUAGUGUGUUACACAUCUUACAGCCAUAGUGUGUUAUGCAUCUUACAGCCAUAGUGUGUUACACAUCUUACAGCCAUAGUGUGUUAUGCAUCUUACAGCCAUAGUGUGUUACACAUCUUACAGCCAUAGUGUGUUACACAUCUUAUAGCCAUAGUGUGUUACACAUCUUACAGCCAUAGUGUGUUACACAUCUUACAGCCAUAGUGUGUUACACAUCUUACAGCCAUAGUGUGUUACACAUCUUACAGCCAUAGUGUGUUACACAUCUUAUAGCCAUAGUGUGUUAUGCAUCUUACAGACAUAGUGUGUUACACAUCUUACAGCCAUAGUGUGUUACACAUCUUACAGCCAUAGUGUGUUACACAUCUUACAGCCAUAGUGUGUUACACAUCUUACAGCCAUAGUGUGUUAUACAUCUUACAGCCAUAGUGUGUUACACAUCUUACAGCCAUAGUGUGUUAUGCAUCUUACAGCUAUAGUGUGUUACACAUCUUAUAGCCAUAGUGUGUUACACAUCUUACAGCCAUAGUGUGUUACACAUCUUACAGCCAUAGUGUGUUAUACAUCUUACAGCCAUAGCGUGUUACACAUCUGACAGCCAUAGUGUGUUACACAUCUUACAGCCAUAGUGUGUUACACAUCUGACAGCCAUAGUGUGUUACACAUCUUACAGCCAUAGUGUGUUACGCAUCUUACAGCCAUAGUGUGUUACACAUCUGACAGCCAUAGUGUGUUACACAUCUUACAGCCAUAGUGUGUUAUGCAUCUUACAGCCAUAGUGUGUUACACAUCUGACAGCCAUAGUGUGUUACACAUCUUACAGCCAUAGUGUGUUACACAUCUUACAGCCAUAGUGUGUUAUGCAUCUUACAGCCAUAGUGUGUUACACAUCUGACAGCCAUAGUGUGUUACACAUCUUACAGCCAUAGUGUGUUACACAUCUUACAGCCAUAGUGUGUUACACAUCUGACAGCCAUAGUGUGUUAUACAUCUUACAGCCAUAGUGUGUUACACAUCUUACAGCCAUAGUGUGUUAUGCAUCUUACAGCUAUAGUGUGUUACACAUCUUAUAGCCAUAGUGUGUUACGCAUCUUACAGCCAUAGUGUGUUACACAUCUGACAGCCAUAGUGUGUUACACAUCUUACAGCCAUAGUGUGUUAUGCAUCUUACAGCCAUAGUGUGUUACACAUCUGACAGCCAUAGUGUGUUACACAUCUUACAGCCAUAGUGUGUUACACAUCUUACAGCCAUAGUGUGUUAUGCAUCUUACAGCCAUAGUGUGUUACACAUCUGACAGCCAUAGUGUGUUACACAUCUUACAGCCAUAGUGUGUUACACAUCUUACAGCCAUAGUGUGUUACACAUCUGACAGCCAUAGUGUGUUAUACAUCUUACAGCCAUAGUGUGUUACAUCUUACAGCCAUAGUGUGUUAUGCAUCUUACAGCUAUAGUGUGUUACACAUCUUAUAGCCAUAGUGUGUUACACAUCUUACAGCCAUAGUGUGUUACACAUCUUACAGCCAUAGUGUGUUACACAUCUUACAGCCAUAGUGUGUUACACAUCUUACAGCCAUAGUGUGUUAUACAUCUUACAGCCAUAGUGUGUU